AUGCACAUCAUCAAGCCUUCAUGGCUAAGCCAUAGUGGCGAGCAAAAGGACUUUGAGGUCUACAGCUGUCAUGUUUCUCCCGACGGGAAACGUCUUGCGACAGCAGGUGGCGAUGGACACGUGCGAAUCUGGUCGACCGAAUCCAUCUACAAUGCCAACAACUCCGACUACAACAAGCCACGUCAGCUUUGCCAUAUGAGCCACCACCUUGGCACGAUUCACUCGGUUCGAUUCUCGCCUAACGGGCGCUACCUUGCCAGCGGCGCCGACGACAAGAUCAUCUGUGUGUAUCACCUCGACAAAGGACCUCCUGCGGCGACGUUUGGCACCAACGAGGAACCCCCGGUUGAGAAUUGGAAGACGUACAAGCGCUUGAUUGGCCACGACAAUGAUGUCCAAGACCUCGCGUGGUCCUACGACUCCUCGAUACUCGUCUCCGUUGGCCUUGACUCCAAGGUGGUCGUCUGGUCCGGUCAUACCUUUGAGAAGCUCAAGACACUGCCCGCCCACCAGAGUCAUGUCAAGGGUAUCACCUUUGACCCUGCUAACAAGUUCUUUGCGACCGCUAGUGACGAUCGGACCAUCAAGAUUUUCCGAUUUACCUCGCCUGCGCCCAACGCGACUCAGCAUGACAUGGUUAACAACUUUGUCCUCGAGACUACGAUUAGUGCGCCGUUCAAGAGCUCUCCUCUUACAACAUACUUCCGACGUUGUUCUUGGUCCCCUGAUGGCAAUCACAUUGCCGCCGCCAAUGCUGUGAACGGACCCGUCAGUUCUGUCGCUAUCAUCGAGCGGACGAGAUGGGACAGCGAGAUCAACCUGAUCGGCCACGAGGCCCCUACCGAAGUCUGCAUGUUUUCACCGCGACUUUUCCAUACAGUAAAGCCGGACGCGAACGCAGCAUCUAACGGUAAUACUGGGUCGCUCGUGACGGUUAUUGCAUCGGCCGGUCAGGACAAGACUCUGAGCAUCUGGAAUACAAAUACAUCAAGACCCGUGGUUAUUCUUCAGGACCUUGCGGGGAAGUCGAUAUCCGACCUUGCAUGGACUCCGGACGGCCAGACCCUGUACGCUUCGAGUCUCGAUGGCAGCAUCGUGGUUGCCAAGUUCUCCGAGGGUGAACUGGGCUGGGUUGCGCAGCCUGAGGAGAACAUUAAAGCCCUACAGAAGUAUGGCGGUUCGAGAAAGGGAAUGGGUAUCGCAGAAGAUGUCGAGGGUCUCUUGCUGGAGAACCAGAGCAAGGCGGGCGAGUCGCGAGCUGUCGAAUCGAGGAUGGGUGCGCUGAUGGGCGAUUUUUCCGAAUCGACCAAAGAGUCGACACCAGUCACUAACGGUACCAAGCCAAGCGCAGCUUCAAAGCCGACGACAAACGGUCAGACAGAACCAGAAAAGGAGCCAGAAAAGCAGCCAGAAGAGACAGCGGACAAGACUGCCGAGCGAGUCAAGGAGCUCAAGUCACGAGUCACCAUUGGCAAGGACGGUAAGAAACGAGUGGCACCUCUGCUGGUAUCCUCAUCGGGAACUGGACAAUCAUCACUACCCCAGACGCAGCUGGUUGGUACGACUACUACCAAUAAGACGGCUCAGAACGAUGCGCCAACUACUGUCCUCGACCUCACCAAGCCAUUCGAUGGGCUGCCCAAGGGGGGCAUUGCUGCGAUGCUGCUUGGUAACAAGAGGCGUAUGAACGUCGAAGGCGAUGAGGAGGAUGAACAUGUCUCAAAACGAGCAACAACCGGCCCAGUCCCUAUUGUCACGAAUGGCCCCGACGGCGCCGAACCCGCCACCCUUGCGCCUGUGCAGAAUGGUGUGGUCCCGACGCCCGAGUUCCUCCGACCAGCCGUCUUGAAUCCUUCUAUCGCUUGGGCCUCGGUCAGACUGGCUGUGCCCAAGGUGAGGUCUCACAUUCUGCGGCCGUUGGAGAGAGGCGUUCUCCAAGGGGACAGCUCUCUGGAAGACGCAACCAAGGUGGCAGAGAAUAUCAUUCUGGAAGCCAAGAAUGACGCCAACCCAAGGGAUCCCUCGCAUGUCAUGGUCACUAAAAGGGGCGCUCUUAUCUGGGAAGAAUUCCUACCGCGAGCUAUCAUUCUGGUAACAGCAACUAAGCAUUUCUGGGCAGUGGCCUGCGAAGACGGGUCCAUUCACACUUGGACACCUGCAGGAAGAAGGUUACUCAAUCCGAUGGUCCUCGAGUCGCAGCCUGUCAUCCUCGAAGCUCGCGAUCACUGGCUGCUCUGCAUCACGGCCGUUGGCCUCGCCCAUGUCUGGGACCUCAAGACACAAACCUCGCCUCAUCCUCCGGUCUCCCUAGGUCCUCUCCUGGAUAUUGCUACAACCUCGCUUAACCAGCACAGCGCGACGCCGGGUCCAGGAAUCACGUCGGCGCAUCUCAACACCACCGGUCACAUUAUCGUCACAUUGAGCAAUGGCGAUGGCCACUACUACGCCCGAGAGAUGCACAUCUGGCAACGUCUCAGCGAAGCCUGGUGGGCUGUUGGCUCUCAGUAUUGGAACUCCAACGACUCCUCCAUUUCCGCCCUGCAGUCUACCGCCGUGGGUCCGAACUCGAAGGAAGGCAAAGACAAGGAUCCUGGCAAGCCUACUGUGUCAUCAGGCAUCAUACCAUUCCUCGAGCGACAUACAACCAACGAGUUCCUCCUCAAGGGCAGGUCCUACAGCUUGCAGCGUAUCAUCAAGAUGCUCGUGCAGCGCAAGGAGGCUGAGAAUCUGGAGAGCAGUGUCAGCAUAGCGCAUCUGGAGAACCGAAUCGCAGGUGCCAUGCAACUAGGAGCGCAGGACGAAUUCCGGCUCUAUCUGUUCAUGUACGCCAAGCGACUGGGUGCCGAGGGUGCCCGAGGCAAGGUGGAGGAACUCCUCAACAGUCUCAUGGGUGGCAUCCUUGAUGAUGAUGAGCAGAAGAAAGACAAUGCCCGUGGUUGGUUCAGCAAGGAGGGCGAUCUGUGUGGUUGGGAUCGAAAGGAGCUACUCAAGGGUGUGGUGAUGAUUCUCGGCAAAUACCGUGAGCUACAACGAUUGACGGUUCAAUACGCGAGGGUGCUGGAUAUCAGCCCAGAGGACGGCUCAGUAGACGUGGAGUCGAUGGACGUGGAGACUUGA